AUGGUGCAAACUCGUCGACAAGGGGCCCGACCCGAGGGCGUGUCGUAUUCGGAUACCCCAAAACGUGAGCGAAAACCCAGGCCUGCUCCCCGCCGGCGUGCAAACCCUACGUAUCGUGAUGCGUCCGUUUCUGUGCCCGUUGUUGCCCCUAGAUACAAGGACGCAUCGACCCAAACCGACAUUUAUGUCGACGCUGUUACCCAGAUGGAUGUAGAGCUAACCAGCUACCCAGAGCCUGCGAGCGCAAAGCGCCGCCGAGACGAAGACGAGACUACACCGGUAACCUCGUCGAAGCGCCAGCGAAAGGCCGAGACUCCCAAAUUCCUCUUCUCUACCACCCGAAACCGAAGCCUCCUAACCUCGGCCCCCGCAAAGACGACCACUCUACACGAAUCUCCGUUCUUCGAACGAUCCCUGGAGCCUAUAGUCAGGCAAUCGACCCCGACCCGUCCGUCAAGACCGAGCGAAAGAGUCAUUGAGCCAGAGACACCGACACCUGCACCAACAUCACAAGGCGGUAUCUUUGGCAGUGUGAAAAAGAUUUUCGGGUUUUUCAGGGGUACAAUGGAGCCCUCGCCGCCUGCCGAGCAAGACAAAGGCAGUCGAAGUGAACAGGCGGACAAUAAGACCGAGCAGGAGGCAGUGGAAUUCCACAUCCCUACUACUCCCCCAUCCCAACGCGACGAAGCUCGUAGUCCGACGCCAGACCCGGAAGCCCUCGACAGCCACAUCUACAACCGCGAUUACUUCAAGCGACGCCGAUUCGCAAAAACCAUUGCAGGUCGGGAGCAAAUGGAAGCAGGGCGUAACGAUUCGGACUCGGGUGAGCCUGACUUCAACCCGGUCGAGACAUUAGGAACAAACAAACGCAAGUUAACAUCGUUCGACGGUGAGAUCCCUGGACCUGUGACAGGCGGGUAUGGAAUUGAUGACAGGUACCUCGAAGUCGACACCGACGUCGACGGGAUCGAAGAACCACAGUCUCCAGAAGCGCAGCCAUCUACCCCUAUUAACAAAGUCGUGUCUCAGACACCCCUUAGAUCAGCAAUGCGCCAGAACGGUGGCCUCUUUGGCACGCUUGGACGAUCGGCCAAAUCAGUUCGCAUCAAUCCAAACACUUCAGUCAAACAUGUCUACGGGCAGUACGGUUACUCCGGAGAAUACCAUGGCAGCAUGUUUUCAGAUCCCUCAGACGCCACAGAGUCGACCAUUUCCGAAGUCAGAAACAUGCACUCGCCUAUAACUCUACGCAACACCAAGGACAACGAAAGUCCCAAAUUCCGACUCAAUCAGGACAUUGUCGAUCCAAAUGAUGAGUUUUGGCGACCGUCACUUGCAAACCCUGCUCCAGGCCAUUUUCGAGUCCCUGAUCUCGAUGAGGACGACGAUGAAGGAGACGAUGAGACCACUAUGCGAGAGCAAGAACGAGAGCAAGAUCAAGUGCCACCCCAGCCCAGCACACCUCGAAUGUCGCACGCAGAGCUCCCCAGUCAGAUCUCCUCCUUCACGGGCCACACCGACAGUAUCUUGAUGAACGACUCGGCGGAGAUCAGACUGAACAAAGCGAGAUCUGAUGCUCAGAAGUACAAACCGGCUCGAUCCUCUCGACUUUCACUCAGCGAACAUGCACGCUCACGUUCUUCUUCUCCACCAGAGUCCGAAGGCGACUUUACUAAUUCAAAGUUUGGAUUGUCAGCACCGUCCUCCGGUCGUCUCCAGAGCGACAAUCAGUCAGGAACACCUACCCAGAAGACUCCAACACAGUCAGCCGGAGCUCUUGGACGUGAAGAACUCGAUAACACUGUUGUCGGGGAAGAUGGCAUGACAGAUUAUCAGAGAGCGCAUCAAUACGAUGCAUGGGCGGAGAAUCUCGCUUGGCCUGAACCGCAAACCUACGAAGAAGCAGGAAUUGCAUCAGAUUAUAUUGCCGAUCUCGUCCGAAAGAACUGGACCGAGCGAGACACCCGAGAGUCAAUCGAAUACUGGGAUCGAGAAUUUGAAGAAGGACUAAAGGCAGCAAGAGAAGCUGCGGCCCAAGGAAGAGAAGUAGUCUGGGUCACUGAUCCGUAG